AUGCGGCGCGAUCGAGCACAAGCUGGAACACUUGCUGGGUUUACUGCGGAAGUCAGCUCAACAAUCGAUGCGGUGGGCGGAGAUGGUUCUGCACCCGCCAACUCAGGUGGCAUCGGCAAAAUACGUCUCGUUCGCGACCCUUUCGGGUUUGUGUUUCCUGGCUGUAUGUACGUGCUGUCAAUGCAGUCAGGAUCAUCGCGCAAGAUGGCGAACAGCGACGGUGUUUCUGUGGUACUCAAUCGGGAUGGAACAGUCACAAGUACUACUGGUGGAGAGCGCGUUGCCAGGUGGUUUUUCCCUUGGAAAAAGUCUCUCGGCGGCACGAACGAUGAGUCGUGGGCUUCGGGGAAUGAAGUGCUGCUUCGGUUCAACACCGAUUUUAGUCAGGUCGGACUAACCGCCACAGCUUGGGAGGUUGGAGGAAGUCGCGACGUAACACUUUCAUCUUCAGAUGGCGGGAGGACGUGGCUACCGGUAUCAGAGUGCAACAGUCAAUCCAAGGCGUUGGAAUCACUCACACUUCGGAAGAUUGGACCGCACUUUUUGCUGUCCGCCACAGAAGAUGUCGUCCUGCAGUACCGAAGAAACUUGAGCUGUCCGUAUGAAUGGCUGGAUCCCGAUGCAUUCCGUAUUCGGCACUACCGCAGCAAGUCGUUGGAGGAGUACGUGCACAGGAGGACCGGUGCAGACUCGGCGUACCGAAACAAGCGAUACACGAAGGAACGACUCGCGCUGGAGUGGCAGGAGACUAAUGCCCAGUGCGGAAACGGCCGGGUUUGA